AUGGAGUACUUGGCCGUCGAAAUUAAGGAGUUCAGCGAGACGGCGCCCGUGAACGGCACCAAGCUGGCAAAGCGCGUCACCCGGGACCCCGGCGCCGGCGAGGUGCAGGUCAAGAUGACGCUGGCCGCGGUCAACCCGUCUGACGUGUUCAGCCUCCAGGGUAUCUAUCCCAGGAUGGGAAGGGACCUGCCGGCUGUGCCAGGAUUUGAUGGCGUCGGCGUUGUCACCAAGGUCGGCCCCGGGGUGGAGGGCUUCGCCCCGGGUCAGCGCGUCACCGCGCGGCCCUGGCGCGCCGACAAGGGGGACGGCAGCUGGCAGCAGUACACCACGAUUCCCGCAAACCUGCUGGUGCCCGUGCCCGACGCCGUCUCGGACGAGGUGGCCGCUCAGUUCUAUAUCAACCCCGUCACAGUCGUGGGUCUGCUGGAGGAGACGGCGGUGCCCAAGGGGGGCUACCUGAUUGUGACCGCAGCCGGGUCCACUCUGAGCAAGAUGCUCCUGUCAAUGGCCAAGUCACAAGGCAUCAAGACCAUCGCGGUUGUGCGGCGCCAAGAGCAGGCCCAGGAGAUCCUGGCAGCUGGCGCCGACCAUGUGGUGUGCUCAACCACAGAGGACCUGGUGGCGCGCGUCAAGGAAAUAACAGGGGGCGUCGGCGCCGACGCCGCCGCUGACUCGGUCGCAGGCCCGCUGGCGGAGCAGCUGGGAAACAGCCUGAAGACGGGCGGGCUUGUCCUGAUAUACGGCAUCAUGGACGGAGCCAGCUUUACGGGCUCAGCCAUUGGGGUCCUCUUCAACGGGAUCGUCUACAAGGGCUUCUGGAUGGAGCCCUGGCUGUCGGGCCUGGGCCCCGAGGGCCAGGCGGCGGUGAUGACCAAAACGAUGGACGCACUGGCCGCCGGGGCCAUGACGCCGGACGUCGGCAAGGUGUACCCCCUGGAGCGCUACCAAGAGGCCGUGGAGGAGAGCGCCAAAACGGCGCGCGGCGGGAAGGUCCUGAUCAAGCUGAACUGA